GCGGAAAAUAUGCGGGGCACAUGGCGGGCAGGGCGAGCGGGGCGCGGAGCUGGGUACCUAGCCGUUCCGCCACCGUAGGAGGGGCGCUGCCUCCGGGGCAGGGGCUGGAAGGGGAAGCGAGGGGAAGAGAGGUCAGGCCCGCCCUCGGGGGCAGCAGGCCCGGCCUCGUUCCUCACUGGCUCGGGACCCUGGGCUCCCUUCCUGCCUCAGCUUCCCCAAGUCCCUGGUGAGACUCACCGCUGUCACUACCACGUCAGUAACGCUGACCCAGAGUCUGGGACUCGGGGUAAACUGAGGUACUCGAACCACGGAGGAGCCCCGCCUCCCAAGAGACAUUUAAUCCAGGGGGAUUUACAGGAAACUUCUAAAUUAAGGGCAGCGACUGCUGCAGCUGAGGGGGGCACGCGGGUCCCUGCGGCCGCGCAGCUGCCGUGAGCUCACGCCCCGAAAUAGCCCCAGGGGCCCCAACCGCAGCUGUUACUGGGCCCGGCUGUCACUCAGAGGAACUUUAGAGCCCCCAGCCCGAGGGUCCCCCUCCCCUCCGCAAGACCAGAGUUUUUCCAGCAGACUGUACCAGCUACUUUACCUUCCGACGGCUGGGGGGUGGGGGAAGGGGAGGAGCCUCGAGGAGGGCGGUCCCGAGGGGGGUGGGCGCAGGGGGCAGCCGCGCUCCCCCACCCGGCUGAGCUUCUGCCCCUACAAGGUUUGGGCCGCGGUGGGGGAGGGUCCCGGCCCCCGGCUCCGCCCGGCCCCUCCCAGCCUUUUAGGCGCCCGCGCGGCUGGGACAUCCCAGUCCCGCUUGGUCUUCCUCGCCCGUCACCCGAGCGCCCAGUCCGCGCAGCCAGCCCAGUUCGUCCAGUCUACACUGCCCGUCGGCCGGCCCGCCCCCCACCGCAGCCAUGGACGCGAUCAAGAAGAAGAUGCAGAUGCUAAAGCUGGACAAGGAGAAUGCCAUCGACCGUGCGGAGCAGGCCGAGGCCGACAAAAAGCAGGCUGAGGACCGCUGCAAGCAGCUGGAGGAGGAGCAGCAGGCCCUCCAGAAGAAGCUGAAGGGGACAGAGGAUGAGGUGGAAAAGUAUUCUGAGUCAGUGAAGGACGCCCAGGAGAAACUGGAACAGGCUGAGAAGAAGGCUACCGAUGCCGAGGCAGAUGUGGCCUCCCUGAACCGCCGCAUUCAGCUGGUAGAGGAGGAGCUGGACCGGGCGCAGGAGCGCCUGGCCACAGCCCUGCAGAAGCUGGAGGAGGCUGAGAAGGCAGCUGACGAGAGCGAGAGAGGAAUGAAGGUCAUCGAAAACCGAGCCAUGAAGGAUGAGGAGAAGAUGGAGCUGCAGGAGAUGCAGCUGAAGGAGGCCAAGCACAUCGCUGAGGAUUCCGACCGCAAAUACGAGGAGGUGGCCAGGAAGCUGGUGAUCCUGGAAGGAGAGCUGGAGCGCUCAGAAGAGAGAGCAGAGGUGGCUGAGAGCCGCGCCAGGCAGCUGGAGGAGGAACUCCGAACCAUGGACCAGGCCCUCAAGUCCCUGAUGGCCUCAGAAGAGGAGUAUUCCACCAAAGAAGAUAAAUAUGAAGAGGAGAUCAAACUGCUGGAGGAGAAGCUAAAAGAGGCUGAGACCCGAGCAGAGUUUGCCGAGAGGUCUGUGGCAAAAUUGGAGAAGACCAUCGAUGACCUGGAAGACGAGGUCUAUGCACAGAAGAUGAAGUACAAGGCCAUCAGCGAGGAACUGGACAACGCACUCAACGACAUCACCUCCCUCUGAGCCCCACGCCAGUGUGGCCCCCUCAGCCCCUUCUCUCUCCUCUUUCCAUUCUCUGUGGGGAGGAGGCAGGCAGGAGGAGCAAAAUGGUCAGCAUCACACAGCCAGGCUGGGCGCCGCCUCAGAGAGCCCCCGCCACACCUGCCGCCCACCUUGGCACUUGCUUCGUCCUUCUAUCCACCCACUCCACCCAGCCUCUGCCUCUUUCUGCUGCUUAAUAAACUCAACUUGGUCUCCA